CAAGAAGACAGACCGACACAGAGCAUGGAAAGGAGGCAACAGACGUGGACACUCUACACCUGAUCCUGGAGAAGCUGUUCGGCCCCAUGGGGGUGCGAGCUCAGGCCGUGACAGCCUCUGUCCUGGUGUACUGCAUCCAGCUUCCCCCAGCAAGAUGUGAGGAGAACUGCGUGAAUCCUGAACAUUGCCUGACCACAGAUUGGGUACAUCUCUGGUAUAUAUGGCUGCUGGUGGUCAUCGGGGCGCUGCUUCUCCUGUGCGGCCUGACUUCUGCGUGCUUCCGCUGCUGUCUGAGUCGCCAGCAAAAUGGGGAAGAUGAGGGCCGGCCUCCCUAUGAAGUGACAGUUAUAGCUUUCGACCAUGACAGCACUCUCCAGAGCACAAUCACUUCCCUGCAGUCAAUAUUUGGCCCUGCAGCUCGAAGAAUCCUGGCUGUGGCUCACUCGCACAGCCCCCUCAGCCAAUUGCCCUCCUCUUUGGACACCCUCCCAGGGUACGAAGAAGCUCUCCACAUGAGUCGCUUCACUGUGGCCAGGUGUGGACAGAAAGCACCUGACCUCCCCCCCGUGCCAGAGGAGAAGCAGCUGCCUCCAAUGGAUGAGUUUCCUCGGGUAGAACACCCUUCAAACUGAUGGCAACUCUGGUUUUAUAAAUGGGGUGGGGGUUUCUCCGCCUUUGCUACAGACAGACAAAUGUAACUUUUUUUUCCCCCUAACUUUUGGAAGAUUUAGGAUGAAAACUAAACAUUAUUCAGUGAAAAGGAUGGGUUCCAACCCUUCAUUUCCAGCCGCAUCUAUUUUCUAAGAUGAAAUUGCUCUAAUUGGAAACUCUUAUUCUUUAUUCAGUGACCAAAGUUUGCAACUAAGCUCUAGCAAUGCUGAUUACAACUGAACCAAGAAAGCAUCAAAAGUAUCUUGAAUUCCUUUAGCAGUUGAGUUCCUUCACCCAUAGGGUACUGCAAGUGUUUUUCCCUCCUACCAGCUAUAGCACAAUAAUAGAUCGUAAUACACAAUAGCGUAGGCACAGCCACAGACAGGAAUGCACCAAAGUCAUGAAUUCUUCCUCUUAAGAAAACAUUCCCUUUUAUGCUGAGUGACAGUGAUACUCUUGGACAUCAUACAAUACCUAUGUGGACGUCCAUGAUCCAUCCUUACAGAUACGGGCUAAGAGAACACAGUAUAGUAUCAAAGAGCCAAAUAAUCAAGGUCUUUCUUUCACUCUGGUCCUACCCACUAGCAGUGUGAGAAACCGCAUAGGGGGCAGUGAGAGUUUCUAUUCAUUUUUCAGUUCCUCUGCCUAGCAAACACAUGUGUGUGCGCGCACACACACAUACACAC